AAAGUCUUGCGUCGACAUUCUGAAUUCAGAAUGACUUGUAUUUUUUUUAGUUCACAGGUAUAACAGAUACUUUCACUGGGGACUUCGAUUCGAUAAAUAGGGAUGACUCAGAAGCGAGCAAAGUACAAUGUGUAUUUUCCGCUCUAAAAAUAAAAAUGUCUCCGGAUGAUCACCACCGAGGUGAUGGACUACCUGGCGACCGGCCAGUGCUGUCCGGUGUCGUCGGUCUCCUCGUCAUCCGGUGGCGAAUCUAGUUGCUCCGAGGAUUCGUCCAACUCGAACUCAUCCGAUAACGACAACAACAACAACAACAACAACAACAAUAACAACAACAACAAUCGCGCAUCGGAUAAGGACAAUGACUCUUCGAGGCAUAGCAGUCACAGUCGAAGGAGCCUACCAAAGAGCCUACGUAGCGUUCGCGCUCAAAGGGAAACCCACGUCGCUGGCAAGAACGGCCAGCGCCGGUUGGAUCACCGUGGGUCAGAAAGCGUCAGCGAGGCCGGAGGCGGUCACGAUGCGACCGGAGGCAGUGCCAAAGGAACAAUGGAACAUUCGGAUCUCGGAUCAUUUGGAAACGCCGAAAUGCGUGUUAAUGCACGUAAAGCAUCAGGCAGUCGAAAAAGCUCAAACGCCGACAGCCGGCGGAGCAGUAGUCGAAGUGAAGACGGAAGCGGGUCCAGUAGUGGAUCGAGUAGUGGCAGCCGAAGCCGGAGCCGAGGUAGCAGUUGUAACAGUGAAGAACGAAGAAGCAGCUGUUCGCGCAGCAGCUGCUCCGGAGGAUCACGACGAUCGCGAACUUCGCAUACGUCACAAACGUCGUUUCACCAACAAUUUCAAUCGUCUGCUGUCAUCCAACGGGAUGGUAAUGUCAAGAUUAAGAUACGUAAAGCUAGCCAUCAACAACAAAAUCUACAGCAGAAGCAUAGUCAGACCCAACAGCAACAUCACCAUCACCGGCAACAUCAGUCACAGACCUAUCAGCAGCAAGGACAACAGCGAAGUCAACAUCGUCAUCCUUCUUCGCAGUCACUACGAAAUACUCCUGAACGAAGUAGUCGCAAACGAAGUCGGCGGAAGAGUUCACCAUCUGCGAGUGAGGCGGUGUCGGGCUCUGGUUCUGAUUCGGACGAGUCCGCCGGCGAUGGCGAGGAAAAUGAGUCUGUCAAGUCCAGUGAGCGAGCCGGUCAACGAAGUCGAAGUGGUUCGAGCAGUUCGCAUACGUCGCAGAGUAGCGGUGGCGAUGACCGGAGUGCUAUCAGUCGAAAUCACACAACAGGCUCGAAAAGGGGAAGGGGGGAGAUUGCCUCGAGCGAUGAAGGCUCAAGAGAUUCUUCAUCCAGAUCGUCAAGAGAACAGAGUCUGUCCAGAUCGAGGUCCGCUUCUCGGUCGUCGGAAGCCUCGGGUAGCAGCCGGAGCAGCUGCUCCUGCUCGGGGAGCUGCAGUGGUAGUCGUUCGUCGAGCGGAGGCAGCCGCCGAAACAGUCGCGCGAGCUGUUCCACUUGCCGGAGUUCGGCGUCGUUGUCGUGCUGCGAGGAGCGUGAAAAACCCGCAGCCCUACAAGAUGACGUCGUUCAGCCGGCUCCCCCAGCUGCUGCGGAUAACGGCAUCGCGUCCUCCAUAGUGGACCCCUUGGCCGAGCCUGUCUCAACAACGACAACAUUUGGACAGCGCCAAAGCCAGCAACAGCAUCAUGCUCAUCGAAAUCAACAGUUUAACCAAGAGCGUCAAUCACAAUCUCCUGCCUUGAGCAGUAUCCUCAGCCAUCAGCAUUCUGUGCAUAGCCACGCCCAUCACACUCAUACACACAGCAGUGCUACUGCAAAUCUUCACAAUAUUUCGAAUGCGAAUAGUAAUAGUAGUAGUGCGAAUGCGGCCUCGAUGAUUGAGCCUCAUCAUCAACAAUCCCACAACACAUCUCAUCAUAUUCAGUCCGCGUUAAGUCCUCACAGUUGCAGUCCGCCAUCGGUGACUGUAACGUCGUUAAAACAGCCCGUCUACCUGGAUUGUCAAGAUAACCACGUUUCUCCUGAUUCGGGUGUACAAUCGUGUACCGAACUGUCACCGCAGCCAUUGUUACCGUUGCAUCUUACUGAACCGCCAAGUAGUUCGCUAUUGCAGGUUCAGACAUGGUUGACGACGGUCGAUCCAGGAGCGCUUCCAUUGAAUGAUCCGUGUCCUGUUUUGCCUCCACCAGUAGCUGAGAGUCAGAAGACCUCCGCAUUGGUUGAGACAGUCGAGAAGGCUCUUGAGUUCUUCGGACCGGGAGGUUUGCUAGAUCUCGGGGAACCGCCGGAACCUGAGUCGGAGCCAGAAUCACAACAGCAGCGGCGGUCGGAACUUCAGCUGCACUCACUUAUUACGGAACACCCGGAACCACAGGCGAAGGUAGAAGUUCGCCAUGUGGACGUGGUGCACAUCAACCACAGGGAAGCUCCGCCCCGCCGAGAUGAGAACGAAGUUCAUUCGAGAUGCAAAUCAGGAACUCCGGACAACGAUUCAGGACCUUUGCCCCUGCGCAUGCCGGAGAUCAUCGAGAUCUCGCCACCCCGACCAGCAACAGCUUCUUGUGUGGCGUCGCCCUCUCCUUCACCUACAACUCCUCGGACACAGCAUGCGGGUUUGAAUACGCCACGCGCGUGGGGAGGACACCUUAUACCCCAUGAGAUGGUGCCUUCUGAAUCGAACACUCCAAAUACACCGUACACGCCUGCAGAUCAUAGCGUGCGGAGUCCUGGUCCAGGAGGAUCGGCUCCACAUUGCCUACUCAGCCCUGAGUCGUACGUUGUUGGCAUGGGCUCUGCGAGAUCGGGACGCAAUAUGAGUCCUACGCAACAUAUCCUUAGCCCAACGCCCCGCUACACACUCAGGUACUCAUAUCAAACACCACUCAGUGAAGCGGCCAGUACUCCUCAGGAACGAGGUGGCUCAAUAGAGAUUUUAUCGGCAAACUGCACACCAGCAGUACGAACGUCUCUGCACUCGCCAGCGCAGUAUGACAACAUCUCAUCGCAGGACGAAGACCUGAGUGAGUCUGAGGAGCAGACACAUAAGCGACAUGACUCGUCCACUCUAGAGGCAUCCGAUAAACGGACUAACGAUCUAGAGUACAGCGGUUGCCGACCUGGUCCGGACCAUAAAGCACGACAAAGGGACGACCGAAUAGCUGUGAUCGAAACGCAAGAAAGGCGGUCGGAUGAUGCUCCUGAAGAAGACGCCGAAGACGAUGAUGAUUUAGAGCGAGAGCAUCCAAGUCGUGCGGCCAGCGAGGUCGACGAAGACCCCGAAGAGGAAGUAGACGAGGAUGAUGUGCGACGAACAGGCGAUGAUGAUAUGGACGACAUGGAUAUCCGGCCAGAUGAUAUCUUGCGCCCCAAGGGCAAGUUGAUUGUGAAGCGUAAGUUUACUCCGGAACCACCAGCGGAGUCGACAUCGAUGAGCCCGCUAAAUGAUUACGAUCUCGGAAUCGCUGGUCGGGGUGUAUCCGAAAGUCCUAUACUGUCACCUCACAUCAACUCAUGCCCCGACUAUGACGACCAGCAUCAGCGGGCAUCAGUAGAUAUUACCAGUGCGGACUUGUCUGCACUAGAUGGUGAUCGAGAGGAACAGCCGGGGAAGCCUUCUGAAGAGGAUGAUGACGAUCUCAAUGAUCUGCUAGGUUGCGUUCAGCAAUCAAUCAAGGAGCAGGAUUUUAAGGAGGAGCCGUACUCACCUUUGAUGCAGUUGCCAUUACCAGAUCUACACAAAACCGCCGGCGGUAGCAGCAAGGAAAAAACAGGUGUAAGAGAUCAAGGCCAAAAUCGGUUACUAGAAGCGGUCGGUUCCACCGGUAGGACUACGAAUGACAGAACGAGAUGCGUAACGGGGUGCGCUCAGCAGCCAGCCAGCGGACAAUCACUGGACCAGGAUCGACCACCGGCUGCUGCUAAGACUAAAAAGAAGAAAUCACGUCCAACUGAAAGGGACUUCCGGGUUGCGGAAGAACUUUCUCAGUUGGCCGAGACCUUUCUAUGCAUAGCUGCUGAACCCUGGACGAAACGGCCUAGCCAAGUAGCAUCUGCCGACAGUUCAUCUAUCGGUAAAGACAUGGACGUCAAUCCGAUGUUUCGUCGGGAGAAUUUUCUACGACGCGUCAGUGCUCUGCCAGUGAUUCGUAUGUGCACCUGCGGGGCGUCGAGUUCACGUUCCAACCGGAAAAAGCGAGCUAAUCGAACCGGCUUCCCAAGCGUGAGGAAGGGACGACGAGGCUGUUUACUUUGUUGUGCAAGUAAAAGGACCCCCACACCCCCAGUGACCACAAUAGCUGCAGUUAUGCCUGCUACUGCUACAAAUACUACUGCCGCUCAUACUACAGGGCAGCAGCGGCAGCACCUAGCGCCGCUCUCAUUGCCGUUAGUAGUAGUGCCCGCCGCAGAAACCUUGCCUACCAAAUCCUCGUUGCAAAGGGAAACUCGUGGCGCGGAUACGAAGACGAGGUCGAAAAUGUCAGAGUUAGAGAGGCAGUCCGAACGCCUGGGAAGUGCGGCUGCAAGGCCCGCACGAAGAUCUACCCGAGAAAAAACCGAGGAAUCGAAGAAUCGCAGCACAAAUAAAGAUAGGGAAAAAGAGCAGGAUCCAUCAAUUGAGAUCAUUUCUGUUGCGAAACGGCCGGUGAGUCGAUUACGAAGCAGAGAGGUUUCAUCGUCGACGGAAUCGCCAAAGUCACCCCUUUCACCCAUACAACCCAAGGAAGGAUCACGACCAACGCUGAAAUCAAAAUUAAAAGCAAAAGGAGCUAAAGAGAAGUUGAUCUCGAAUGAGGGCUCGAGGUUACAAGAGCCACUUAACACUACCACGACUACGUUUACUACCCCCACUAAUCGCGAAGAAAAGGAGCAACAGCACACAUUUGGAGAAAUACCCUUGGGCCUGGUUCCUGCGGAACACGCGAUUGCUCUCACGCCAAUUCUGGAGCGAAUUGAGGAGGAGCCGACGUUAGCUUCACCGGCGCCGGCAAUCAAUGCGCCAUCAGUCAAUGAUGAAAAUCUCUCAAAGACACCCGAUGAUCUCGCAUCUGCUUCACUCGCAACGAAGCGCGGCCGUGGGCGACCGCCCAAGACGACAGCACUGAAGAAACUCCUCGAGGAGAGUCGCUACAUACUAGAAAUGGGCGAAAAGAACGGUACGGUGAUUCCACCGAAGGCAGAGAUACCUGUGCUCAAGGAAGGUGGCCGUUCGAGAAGACGUGCCGCUAUCGAAACCAUGGAACGGCUAGCAAAAGCCGCCAAAGGUGAUGAAAAGGUCGAUGACGAACUAGUAAAUGACGGAGAACUGUCCGAUGAAUCGGAGCCGAUCGUUCGGCCUAAGAAGGCAAAGCUUGAGUUUGAGAAAGUAAAGGAAGGUCAAGACAAGAUCGACAGAACGUUACAAAAAGAUAAAGUGUUGGAGAAAUUGGUUAACUUGUCUGUCGUUAUGGACAAAACUUAUGAGACGGAAAAUGAAGCCUUAGAAGGAGACAAAAUUUUAGAAAGCAACACUAGUAAAUCCUUGGAUAAGGACAAAGCCUUGGAAAAGGCUAGAACUCUAGAUAGGGGCAUGAGCCGAGAAAAGGACAGAGCGUUGGUGAAAGAUGAAGUUCGUGAGGAGGACAAAGCGGCGACUGAAAAAAUUAAACCGCUAGAGAGGGAUAGUAAAAUGUUUAAGAAGGACUUGAAAAGCCUUAAUGAGAAUGGCCAGGCUCAACUUAUCAAGGAAGUGCCUAAAGUAUGUGAGGGACACGAUAUCGACACGGAGGUCAAUCGUAUCCUGCAACCCCUGUCUCCAGUAACUGACGCUGAUAGUAAUUCGCUGACACAACCGGCUGCUAGUUUUACGGAAGACACGGUACCGGUUGUGCGGUUAACCGACGUUGUACGAGAUGGCGUCGUUAGUAUUAAGGAAAAAAAGGAGGUGAAACAGCUCGAAGAGAAGAAACCUAUCGACAUGCGGGCGGUAUCACCAGAGAUAGACGAUCUAUUCGUAGAUGAUAGUCGUUUAGUGGAAACAACGGAUGCUCCGAUAAAGGUUGACGUUGUGCUUGCAGAGGAAGAGAUGCUCCCAAAGAAGGCAAGCUCACGAAAAAGAGGCCGCCACAAGAAGCUCAAGACAGAGAGAAGCUCCGACCAAAAGGACAAAAAAAAGGAACGGCGAAAGCGACCAGAGAAACAGAGCAUAAAUAGUAAUCGUGAUGAUCGAAUAGAAGAAAUUAGUUGUAAAUUAGCGCUUCGCCGUGAGGACAUGACUCUUGAGGAGCUUGAGGAAGCCGAAAAGCGUAGCGAAGACAUGACGUUGGAGGAACUAGCUGAACGAAGUGGCGAUAUAGAUGUAUCCCGCUCAGAAAAUUUGCAUCACAGAAGACAUCGCCACCGCGAUCACAGGCGAAAGGAGUCGGGAAGACACCGAAGCCGGAAGGAUAUCGUUGAGCCUACUGAAAAUGGAGCAGACGAGCCUGAGGAAGAAGGUAACUAG